ACGUGGCUUUUAACAAGAGCAGGAGAAAUGGCUCAGGGCGGGCAUCUGGCAGCUCUCAGACACCUGCCUUCUAAUUGUGGGAGGGGACACAGCCGGGCAUUGCUUGCCCUCACCCACCUCCUGUCCUUUAUGUUCACAGGCACGGUGCUGCUCCCCCCACUGCUGGCGUGAUGAGGUCCCGGCUUUUGCUUUCCGUGGCCCCCCUGCCCACCAUUCGGGAGAGCUCUGAGGAGUUGCUGCCUGGAGGUGCUGGGCAGGAGCCCCCAGCCUCCCCCAGCCUGGACGACUAUGUAAGGUCCAUCGGUCAGCUGGCACAGCCCACGUGUGUCCUGGACAAGGCCACAGCCCAAGGAAGACUCAGCCGACGUGGCCGGCCAGCUCAGGCCUCAGAGGAGACCUGCUUUGCUGCCUCCCUACAGGAUGGUGACCAGCAUCCCCCAACGCCCACAGCAGGACCUGCAGAUCCCCUGGCCUGGCUCUUUGGGCAGUCCCAGGAAAAGCAGUCAACUGGGAGGGGUCCAGCCAGGAGGACUGGCCCAGGUGCUGGACUCUGGGGUCUGCACAGUGACAAGGUUGGGGGCAUCCGCAGAGGGAAGCCAUGUGAAGCCAGAAUGUUUGGGUGCUCUCUAGGGAGACCAGCACGGGAUGGGCCCCAGAGCACCGACCUCAGAAGCCCGAUGGCUGGACAGCACAGCCGGCCGGAAGCCUCCUCCUGCAGACCCCGCCCCAGCCGAAUCCUAAGAACUCUCUGCCUGCACCUGCCUGUGAUCCAUGAACUCUGACCCCUCCCCAAUAAAGGCAUCUGAACCAA